AUGGAUCAUCCGAAUCGAGCCAGUCUCCUCGGCCUUCCGGCUGAGCUGCGUCUGCAGAUCUACCAUCACGUCUGGCCUCCGUUGACCAACCUUCCACGGGAAGCGUUAGUAGGGCAUCACGAAAUUUACGUCAGCCAGUUCAACUUCAAGACUCGCGCCGCGCUGCUACAAGUCAACCAGCUCAUUCGCAAUGAAGCUCAAGAUCCAUUUUAUACCAACAACAGCUUUUUCGCCGUGAUCAACGCAAAUCGCUGCGAUAAAUUCCUGCGCUUUCUGCGUGCGAUCGGACCCGAAAACGUUGCCGCGAUCACCGAUAUUUUUCUCCAAUUCAGAAUCCCGCACAGCGCGGUGCAGAUCUACGAACAAAAGAACCGUCAGUUCGAGGCCACAAUCCGUCGGUUCUGGACGUCAACAGCCGAGUCAGGAAUGUGUCCAAAGACGAAUCUCUUGAAGCGACAUGCGCGGGAUUUGUGCUGCGAACUCCCCAGGCUGGAAGAGAGGUUCACGAGGGAAAAUGAGCGCGCCCUCGUCGAUUUCGCGAAAGCUUUGCCUGUCGAGCUCGGCCGGUAUAGCAUUCGAGGCAAUUUACAGGAGCAUAGCCAUAUCAAGGCUUCAUGGUUUCUUCGCCGAUUCGGAUUUGCACACUUCAAGCUCGGUGUCUCGGAGCGUGUCGUUCGUUUGUUCGAGCAGGAGCUUGCAAAGCAGGGUUUCGACUUCUUUAGGAACUGUGAGAUUCUGAGAGAUGGCGAACGGGCUGCGGCUCCGGCGAAUUUGAAGCUGUGGAAGGAGAAGCGUCCGUGGAGCUGGGGAGACAAUACAUCCACUUCCGACACGGCAGUCCUUACCGCAUCACUACUCAAUCCACUCACAGGCGGCUAG